AUUCUUAGUACAGACUACUAAAAUUAUAUGCUUAUACCACUUUACGGUAGAGUAGGCAGAGUUCAGGGCAAGUGUAUAGGAAGUGCUUUGAGAUAGGAAGAAGACACUAAAACAAAACACAACAAAAUGUUGAAGUUAUCGCUUCGACGAGGUAGAAGUUUGAUCAAACCAAUGAAAUCUCAGAUUCCUUCUGCUCUUGGAGGAAUUUCCCAUUUCUCAACUACUACUCAAUCUUCUCCUCUGAGAGUUCGUAAUCUGAUUGGUGGUGAAUUUGUGGACUCCCAAGCAAGUUCCACGAUUGAUGUUAUUAAUCCAGCUACUCAGGAGGUUGUUUCACAAGUUCCAUUGACAACAAAUGAGGAGUUUAAAGCUGCCGUUAGUGCUGCAAAACAAGCAUUCCCGUCAUGGAGAAACACCCCUAUUACUUCACGCCAAAGGAUAAUGUUUAAACUGCAAGAGCUUAUUCGUAGAGAUAUGGAUAAACUUGCUAUGAAUAUAACCACAGAGCAGGGGAAAACUCUGAAGGAUGCCCAUGGUGAUGUGUUCCGUGGGUUAGAGGUGGUUGAGCAUGCCUGUGGAAUGGCAAGUCUGCAAAUGGGGGAGUUUGUUUCCAAUGUGUCAAACGGAAUCGAUACUUACAGUAUCAGAGAACCUCUAGGGGUUUGUGCUGGAAUAUGCCCUUUCAAUUUUCCUGCGAUGAUCCCCUUAUGGAUGUUCCCAAUGGCAGUUACAUGCGGAAAUACUUUCAUUUUAAAGCCAUCAGAAAAAGAUCCAGGAGCUUCUAUGAUACUCGCUGAACUGGCUAUGGAAGCUGGUUUGCCUAGUGGUGUGUUAAACAUUGUUCAUGGCUCCAACGACACUGUAAAUAAUAUUUGUGAUCAUGGCGACAUCAAGGCUAUAUCCUUUGUUGGUUCAAAUACAGCUGGCAUGCAUAUAUAUGCAAGAGCAGCAGCUAAGGGGAAACGUGUUCAGUCAAACAUGGGAGCCAAAAAUCAUGCUAUUGUCAUGCCUGAUGCAAGCAUAGAUGCUACAUUGAAUGCCCUUGUUGCUGCUGGAUUUGGAGCUGCCGGGCAGAGAUGCAUGGCGCUCAGCACGGUUGUUUUUGUUGGAGACUCAAAACCAUGGCUAGAAGGGCUGGUGGAGCGUGCCAAUUCUCUUAAAGUAAAUGCUGGAUCUGAGCCUGAUGCAGACCUUGGUCCAGUGAUUAGCAGACAGGCGAAGGACAGAAUAUGCAGAUUAAUACAAACUGGCGUUGCAAGUGGUGCCACACUUGUACUUGAUGGGAGAAAUGUUGUGGUUCCGGGUUAUGAGAAUGGCAACUUUGUCGGUCCUACCAUUUUAUCAAAUGUAAAUAGCAACAUGGAGUGCUAUGAGGAGGAAAUCUUUGGUCCUGUUCUGCUUUGCAUGCAGGCUGACAGCCUAGAAGAGGCUAUUGACAUUGUCAACAAAAACAAAUAUGGUAAUGGAGCAUCAAUAUUUACCACAUCUGGUGUUGCUGCAAGGAAAUUCCAGAACGAUAUUGAAGCAGGCCAGGUGGGUAUUAACGUGCCAAUACCAGUUCCUUUGCCAUUUUUCUCAUUCACUGGAGCGAAGGCAUCUUUUGCUGGUGAUCUCAAUUUCUAUGGCAAAGCCGGUAUGCAAUUUUACACACAGAUCAAAACUGUGACUCAACAAUGGAAGGAUUUACCAAGUCAAGGAGUAUCUCUGGCUAUGCCAACAUCUCAAAAAUCUUAAAACACUUCUAUCUUUUCUUUGGAUUAUGUGAACAAAAACAAAGUCAAUUGCAAUAUAGUUUGGGACAUUUUGGCUUCAGGGUUCAUGAAUCAUUAUCCUUGUAAUUCCCUUUUCUCUGUUAUUAAAUGUGGUGGUCCAUCAAUACGAAUAAAAAAAGAAGCGCAGUGAACUGGGGUUUCACCCAUUUGUCAAACA